AAGUUUCACACUUAAUCACAAGAGCUCAACCAAUGGAAGACCCUUUUUGUUGUUUUGUUUUCUUUAAUCUCUUAGAGUUACUACUACGUAACAAUAGAUGAGUAGUUUAGGAUAAGGUUGCAGAUCCUUGAGGUACCUUCAAGCCAAUCGUGCAUCACCACCUCUCCCAAUCAGGAUGCAGCCUUUCAGAACUUUACAAAGAUAUUGAAAAAACCAAACCCAUUUAAGUUCUGUUUCUGCAUACAUACAUAAAUACAUUGCAUAGCUGAUAACAUACAUAGCAUAGCAUGGACUGUAUCUGCAACAACUGAGUGAUAAAUUAGGCAGGCAGCAGCCUCAGGGUGCGUUUAAAUUUUUUUCACCUCUUCUUAAUAGUGCUGUGCUGCUAUUGAUAUGAUGGGACUUUCUCUUUGGGUUUUGAUCGAUGCCGCUAUGCUCAUGUCCUUCAUCUGUGCUCUUUUGGACUUUUGCAAUUAACCAUUGGAGAGAGAGAUCAACUCAGACUCACUCCAAGACCCAUCAUUUUCUUUCUGCCUUCUUUAAUAUCCAUAUGAGGUUUUUCACUUAUGGGCCAAAACUAUAAUAAUACAACCCUUUUUUCGUGUUUGUGUGUGUGGUGUAGUUGUACACAUUUGCUGCUUUCUUGUCUUUUUCUGCCCCUUUGUCUUUUUUCAGGUACCAUUCUGUGAGUGAGUCUGCCCUCUUGAAACCUGUGAUUUUCCUUGGAGCCAUUAGGGGCCGGGGAAGAAUUUUCAAGCCUUUCUUCCUUUUUCCUGCGUGGUUUUCAAAAGGGUGUAUCAGGUUCCCGUUUGAGAAAUUUUUUCAAAACCCUUUCCUUUUUGGAGGUUAUUGAAACAAGGACAAGGCAGCAGAAGAGAUUGCAGAACUAAUAGAUACCAAUGGCAGAUUGGAGUGGUUUUCUGAACAAAAGCAGCGGUUUUGGUGGGGGAUCAGCGAGGAAUGAAGAUUUUGACGAAGAAGAUGUGUGGGGUUUGUGCCCAGAAAUGAAGGUAUCCAAGGACUCCUCCGAUUCUUCUUCUGCAUGGUGCAUGCCAACCUCUCCAAGAAAGAUUCCAAGGACUAAUAGUGUCAAACUAAACUCCUUGGAAUCUCAUUCAAAUGUGGUUCAAAGAUCCUCAGCACCAAUGGACAUUCCUGAUUGGUCUAAAAUUUAUGGGAAAAAGGGCGUUGAGGAGGAGGGUGCAAACAAAAAAUUUGAUUUUGAUUAUGGGAAUCACUAUCUUGAUGAUUAUGAAGAUGAUGAUAUGAUUCCUCCUCAUCAAUGGAUUUCUAGGAAACUUGCAAGGAGCCAGAUUUCCUCUUUCUCUGUGUGUGAAGGGAUAGGGAGGACACUGAAAGGAAGAGAUCUCAGCAAAGUGAGAAAUGCUAUUUUGACCAAAACAGGUUUCAUUGAGUAGUUGGUCGAUUCACUACUAUGACUAAUGGUCAUGUCAUCAUCAUCAUCAGCAGCAGCAGAAGCAUUCUCAUAUUAGGAUCCCAUGCAAUCUUUUUUAGGUAUUUGAUUAUUGGCACUCAUGUAUGGAAUAUGAGGUCCUGCUUUUUUAGGUAUUUGUUUUCUUGUUCUAAAUUUUCUGGGAAAAAGAGGUUUUAGGGAAAGGAAAAAGGAGGAGUGGCAGCCUCUGAAAUUUUGUCUGAAUCUGUAUUGCACUGAGGCCAGUGGAGUACACUCUGUGUUGUUACUGAGUUUAAUAGUUUUCAUGUUUUCACUUCUGCUUGGUUCAUCAUUGUUAACUAUUAAUGAUUUAGACAUAAAAUAUGUUUUUCUUUUUAUCUUCUUCUCAUUCUUUCAUCAUCUCUAUUACUACUUUGUUUAUGCUCUAUCAUUAUCAUCUUCAUUCACCUACAAUCCCCACAUCUCUGUACUUAUUCUAAAACCACUCUUUGUAUAUUCAAAUCAUCAUUGCUUUCCAACCUAACAUAACCUCUCAAUACAACCAAACCAAAACCACCUACCACAGCAA